GGACGCUCGCUGCUCCUGCACUCAGCGGCCAGGCCUCCGUUUCUUCUUGGCUUCCACCUUCUCUCCUCUUUCUUCCUUAUCUUUCUUGAUAUCGUCCUCUCUCCUACCCAUCGCGAAUGGCAUCCCAGCAACCUAUUCGGAGGAAGCUGGUCAUCGUCGGUGACGGCGCAUGCGGCAAGACGUCGUUACUAUGCUCCUUCGCGCUCGGCGAGUUUCCAAAGGAAUACCAACCGACCGUCUUUGACAACUAUGUCGCGGAAAUCAGACUCGACGAGAAGCCCGUACAACUGGCAUUGUGGGAUACAGCAGGGCAAGAGGAAUAUGAGCGCCUACGGCCCAUGUCCUACUCGAAAUCGCACGUCAUCCUCAUUGCCUUUGCCCUCGACACACCCGACUCGCUAGAAAACGUGCAGACCAAGUGGAUUGAGGAAGUCCGCUCUAUCUGCGGCCCCACCAUCCCUGUCAUCCUCGUCGGCUGCAAGGCGGACCUGCGCCCCGAGUCAGGAGCAUCCGAGGCGUCCUCGACAUCUUACGUUACGCGCGCACAGGGCGAGCGCGUUGCGCAGCUCAUCGGCGCGCGUGCGUACAAGGAGUGCUCUGCGCUCAAGAUCGAGGGUGUCGACGAUGUGUUCGAGGCCGCGACGCGCGCGAGCAUGCUCAUGCGGGACGGCGUGCCCACUGGGCACGGCGCCAGCGACAGCAGGCACCACAGGCGGCGGAGCAGUGGGAAAGUGGUUCAGGAAGAAAAGGCGAGCACGGGCAUGAAGUGCUGCGUUAUCUGCUAAGUCAGCCCUCGGACCUUUCUUCUGCGCUGCCUCCUUUGCGCGUAGCGGACUGUUUCUGCCUGCCCACCACCCCACGCACCCUUUCUGUCUGUUCUUUGCAUCACUUAUCCUGCGGACGCCGGCCCCUCCUGUCACUCCUGUAAUGUUCCAUGUUACGUCGCUCGCUGUUUUCUACCGUUCCCCGUUACUGAUGGACUUGCGCUGUAUUGAGCGGGAGCCCGUUCGCUCUCCUCACACAUGAUCAGUGAUAUACUAUCGCGUAGUCUCCCUUGCUUAGAGAAUUCUUAUUGAGCUCUCUGCUCCCCUACCCGUCCAACCUCCUCCCUCACGUCUUGCUCUAUACGCCUACUGUUAUGUCUCGUGCCGAAUUGUUGUUUAUAUUGGCAUAUCUAUUUUGUCCGCCGCGUUCGAGCGUCGUUAUCGCGUA